UGGCGACAUGUUAAAACCAGGAACUAACGUUAGUAGGAAAGAAAUCUGACGUUUCAUGUGUCGAUUUUCACUGUAAUAUUUCGAAGAUGACACGGGCCAAACCAGAGGAUGAUGAGUACUGGAACAGCUCCAAAUUUAAAGCGUUCACAUUUGAUGAUGAAGACGAUGAGUUUUCACAGCUGAAAGAGUCCAAACGGGCCGUGAACAGCAUCCUGGUGGACGAUGAUGAUGAGGAUGAGGAGGAUGUUGAGAGAGUCAGCUGGAGUGGGGAACCUGUGGGAAGCAUCUCUUGGUCGGUGAAGGAAACUGCCUCCAGUAUCCGCUCAGGCAGUGAACAGAGCUUUCCCAAAAUAGACACCACUCCUUCACUGUCCAAACAGGGGUCUGGAUACUCCCUGAGCUCCCUGUUUAAAGCAAAGAGCAAACCUGGUGCUUUCCAGUCCUUCUCCGAGUCUUUUAGCGACACAUCUUCUAGAACAUACGCACCAGAACUGAGGAAGCCCAAGUCAGGUGGAAAGGAUGUUGUCAGUGACCUGAGUCCUGAGGAAACCGUGAGGAGAAUGCAGAAAGGACGGGUAGGGGGCAGCAAAGAGCUGUAUAUAGAAAGUAUAUUUACUGCUAUAUACUGAAGAUAUACUGCACUAGAAAGUCCGUUUAAAGGUGAAGUCAGGAGGUCUGAUAUAACAGGAUAAAGCCAUUUGUUUAUUUCUCAUUGUGGUUGAUAAGUAGGUGCAGGCCCAUUUAUUUCCACUUCACAUUUUUAAGAGCCCUCCAAAAAAAAAAAAAAAA